UUGGUGACGGCGACGCGCGUCGUAUUCAACACUCAAGUUUAUAUUACCGUCGCCGGCAGAGAGGCGCCGGGCCAGAACCAGUCGUUACCUUCUCAUUUCCAUCUCUGUACAGUGAGUCAAUUAAACAAAAAAUGCGUUUCGAGCAUUGUUAGAAGAUGUUUGAAUUCGAUUUCUGGAUCCAUUGGCUCUAAAACUAUGAGAGUCUAUGGAUCUUGUGUGUUUUUAGACUGUUGAUGGACAGAAACAAAAGCUGGAAGAAUCCGACAAAUCUUGUUUGAACAAAGAAGAUGAAGAAGAAACUAAAAAGCAGGUUUAGAAACUGGUAACGCUAGCUCAUAUAUAACCAUUUUAUCUUUUCUUUCUCUUCUAUUACAUUACAUCCAUACAGAAUGACUUUUAUAAAGCUAUACAUAGCCAAUUUUUAGUAAAUUCCAGUCGUCCAUUCUAUUUUUUCACCUUUAGGAAAGACACGACCAUAUUCACUUCUAUCACUUUUCUAAAUAUAGACACUAAGGCCCCAUGACUUGAAUUGGUCAAAAUCUCUUUCUCUCUCUCUCUCUCUCUUGUCUCAUUUUCUCUGUCUUAUAUCAUCUUGUCUCUCCUCCCUCAUUUCUCUCCAUUCCCCUGCAUUUCCUUCCCACCAGGAGAAAACUAAGGAACCUAACUCGCCAAACCUGUCAAACAAUUAAUAUGCCCUCAGGCAAACCUUCUUCUGCCUUCCCUUUACAUCCUCCCAAACCAACAACAACACCAUUAAAACCUUCCAGCAGCAACACCAACAGCAGCACAAACCAAGCAUGCGCCGCCUGCAAAUACCAACGCAGGAAAUGCGCUCCCGAUUGUCUUCUCGCUCCUUAUUUCCCUCACGACCGUCACCGUCAAUUCCUCAAUGCGCAUAAGCUCUUUGGAGUCAGCAACAUCACCAAGAUCAUCAAAUCCCUUACCCCUCCUGAGAAAGACGCAGCUAUGCAUACAAUCAUGUUUCAGUCUGAUGCUCGUGCCAAUGACCCUGUUGAUGGAUGCUAUGGUAUCAUAAGAAAGCUUCAAUACCAGAUCGAAUACACCAGGAACGAAUUGGAGAUUGUUCUUCAGCAACUGGCUAUGUUCCGUGACCGUGCUCAUCAUCAUCAACAUCAUCAUCAUCAAGAAACGCAAAUCCAGAUUCAAGAACCAGAGGAUCUCUCGAGUUUUUCGAGUUCUUGUGAUCUAAACAACAACAGUUCGAUUCCUUACAAUUACCCUCUGAACCACCACGUUGUUCAAGAACCAAAUCAACAACAACAAUAUUGCUCUUCAGGUAAUAACUUCAGUGGGUUACAAGAAGACAUGUGGUGUCUAGAACUUCAAGAUUCAUCGACGACAGUGAAUAUGAAGGCAGGCUUCAUCGAUGAAUGUGAGGACAUAAAGCCCGUGGAAGAGGUUUCUAGCGAAAGACACGAGUUCGAGCCUCAUGAAGCUUUCGUUGAACAACGGAAACUUGACUUGCCUCCUUCCUCACAGUUCAUCAUCUCUUUAUAGCUUUUUAUUUUUUAUUUUUCCUCUUCAUUUACAUCUUUUUGUAUGAUCAGCUUACUUUGUCUUGCUUGAGACGUACGUAUGGCUCAACAGCUUCACCUCAUUGAUCGAUUUUGAAUAGAUUUUUUCAUGAAUCUUUUGUUUGUA